AGGCGCUGUUGUACAAUGGGAUGCACAAUCUCUAUUUGGUUGCGGGAAAUAUUGUUUUAUUUUCUAAAUUAAGAAAUGACCGAAAACUUUUAGUGUAUCCCGUGUUCAAGACUGUACCAGCAGACACUUUCAGCUGAGGAUGCCUUCACCGACAGAGCAGACGAUCACAUGUUUGAUCGGGAUGGUGUUAUGUCAUUUUUCCGACUGCUUUACAAACUAACGUUAGCAGGUAAACUUGAAAAAAUAAGCCGUGACAGAAGGCUUCACCUUUAUCGCGACAUUUGACAGAAAAGACCUGAAUGGUUAUUUUUCUGACCACUCUGAUCCGCGUUAAUUCGCUUAUGUGCUGUUUUUGCUUUUCGAUGUUUUAUUUGCUCUGUUCGGAUAAAUUGGAUUGGAUUAAAAAGCCAAAGGACCUUGUCGAGUUGGUGGCUUUGCAUUGAAAAUAGUGCUGAAUAUACCUAUCUUGUGGACUGAAUGCGAAAAGUCUCUUUAAUGCACAGAAAUACUUGUAUUUGCUUCAUGUUUACGCCGACGAAAUCAACCUGAUGAGUUUAUACUAAGUUUGUGUGCGAUCCGAUAAACCAGCUGUGGCUCGUGCUCACAGCUGUUCUUUAAAUUAGUCUAUCCAGCUGACGCUAUUUCGUUUAAAAAAUUCAACAAAAUGCGAUAGACACUGGAAAGCAGCCCACUCAGUUAAAUUGGAUCGGGUGUUUUGGCGUGAGGCCUGCUGGUCGGGCUUUUGCCGGGUGAGAUUUGGGGGUAAGGCCGCAUCAGGUCGCGUUCAGGUCGGCCGUGAGUGUCGCGCAGUCCCGCUGCCAGAGGACGAGCUAUGGAGAGGAUGGAGGUGGACCAGUGCGCAGGCGCAGGAGGACCCCUCCGAAGGUCCAACAGCGCCCCCAUGAUCACGAACGUCAGUGAUGGGACGACAGUAUUCAGCUCGAAUAGUUCGGCUCGGUAUCGUCGGAGCAGCGUUUCUGUGAACCCGAGCUGUCCCUCACGGCCCCUUCCUCUGUCCCCAUUCUCGCUGUCUUGUGAGAGAUCCGAACACAAGAGACAGAUUGAGAAUAUGGAGCUCACUUUGAGGGGAAGUUUACAGAGGCUAAGUGCCUCUCCUGCUGUUCACUUCCCUCCUGUGGGUCAUUGGCAUGACCAUCUGUCUCCAGGCUUCCAUUCCCAGGACAGUGGUGUUACUCCUAAUUCCUCACCCAGUCCAACUCGAAGGUUUCGAGGAGGAUCAGUGAGCUCUGGAGUGAGAUGGCCAUCAGUUGCACCUUUGAAAAGGAAAGGUGGAGUGGAAUCGGACGGUCCACCCAAAAAGCUCUUUGUCGCUGGAGUCACAGACCCUGCUCACAUAACCAGUUACACAGUCAGUGUUUCCCAGCCAGUGGACUCUUCCUCUGGGACUGCUCCUGUUGGUUCAAACACCCAGGCCCCACCCCUGUCCCUCUCCCCUCCGCCCCCCUUCACCUCUCACCACCCCAGCAUCUAACCCCAGUAUCCAUCAGAUCAUCAUCACUUUGUAGAGCUUUGGAUGCAAGGUGCUGUAAAAUGAAGACCAAACUUCAACCUAAUCUCAGUUCUGACCCUUUUUUGUUUUCCUGCUUUUAAUUUGGUGCUUUCAAUAGAGUGUUUCAGCUCAAUCACUUCUGAAGGAAAUUUGAACUAGUUGUUACUUUGACAUCAAGAUGCAAUAUAAGAAGACAAAAUCUUCUGGAAGUAUCUGACAUGACAAUAUGGAUGCCGCAGGUUAUCAUGUAAUGUGUGAAUAAUUAUGGAACUGCCUACAGAAAAGUUUGCUGUAUAUAUGAAAUAGUAUCUGCAAUAACACAUUUGCAAUGAAAGUGUUCAGGUAGUUGAAACCUGACGAAUAUUGACACAAAGAUCCUUUCUUUAGUGUACAGAUUUAAAAGAGACCAGUUUUGCUCCUUCUCAUUUCCUCGAGUUGUGGCAAAACAUUUUUCUAUUUUGGUACAUCUUCAGCUUCCAUUAACAGGGUCCAACAGUCUGGUAAAACGUCCGGAAUGCAUAGAAAAAAGGACUGAGGAAAAGAGAGUAUUAAAAUCAGUUGGCCAUAGAUGUCAACUUUUUGUAUAAAUGUGUAUAAAUAUGUGAAUAAUCAAAUAUUUUGUUAGGUAUUAAUCCUGUGUUUCUCUCUUGCGUUUAUCCGAGGGGUCUGAUGUCUGUAAAUAUGUUUAUUUUUUCCAUAUAUCUUUUAGCUUGGACUGAACUUUUUGAGUUUGAAAAAUAUUCUUUAAAUCAUUGGGAACUAUAUCAGCGCAUUCAGGCAUCUUCCAUAUUUUGAUUCGCUUAUCGCUUAAAGAAAUAGUUCACUCAAAAAUUCAUAUUUGCUGACAAUUUAAUCAGCCUCAGGCCAUCCAGUAUAGAUGAGUUUGUUUCUUCAUGGAUCCUCUGCAGUGAAUGGGUGCCGUCAGAUUGAGAGUCCUAACAGCUGAUAAAAACAUCACAAUAAUCCAGAAGAAAUGGUAUAAAGUUAAAAUGCCUUAAAAGAUUGAUUUGUUCCUUACCAACAAGCAGAUUUUUGCUUUAAACGAUGUUUAUUGAUGGGCUGGAGUUGUGGAUAACUUGUGAUGUUUUUAUCAGCUGUUUGGACUCUCAUACUGGCGGCACCCAUUCACUGCAGAGGAACCGCUGGUGAAUAAGUGAUUUAAUGCUAAACUUCUCCAAAUCUGUUCCAAUGAAGAAACAAUCUCUUCUAAAUCUUGGAUGGCCUGAGGGUGAGAAAAAAUGAUCAGCAAAUCUUAUUUUGUGGUUGAAUAGUCAUUUAAAAAUAUGUACUGUAAAAUCUAGAUGUCUCACCUCGCGUCUACAAUCCGUUGUUGUAGUAGACGCUAAGCACUUUCAGUUAAAAGUCCACAUCGAAAACUGACCUAGAGCCUUAGAAAGUAUCCCGUCUGAGGCAAGACGGUUUUGAGUAAUGACACAGUGUCAAAAUCAAACCG